CAACACUCUGCUCUUUCCAAUCUCUAACAGUUUUCUUCUAAUUCGUCAAAACCUUUGCUUCACCGGUUGCUUAAUUUCCAUUUUAAUGUUAGAAAUUAUGUGUAAAUAUCGAGUUUGGUGGCUGAAAGAUGUGAAUUCUGGGAUUCGGCGUUGAAACUUUUCUUCCCUAUUUCUUCUGGUUGGCCGUCCAAUGGAGCAUUUAUGCACGGCAGUUGACCCUUUUUUAUGCGUCGGAAUGGUGGAAUUUUCUGGUUUUUCAAGUGGAGGACCUAGCAGUCAUGAAGUUGUUCUAAAAUGGCACAACAUGGCAAUCGAUAGUCGCAAUAAGCGUGGCGUUUCACAGAUAACUACUGGGAGCUCAGGAAGUUAUGAACUGUCGUCAAAGACAUCUAGCCAAGAAGCUGAAACCUUCCUACUGAAUGCCAUAAACAUGAACUUCUUCGAGCGUUUAAACUUGGCAUGGAGAAUUUUGUUUCCAACUCCAGCCUCUAAGAGAAACUCCAAUGCCCUAAUCGCCAAGCAGCGACUAAAGAUGAUCCUCUUUGCUGACCGAUGUGCAGUUAGCGAUGAGGCUAAACGGAAGAUUGUUAGCAACAUAGUGCGAGCUCUAUCAGAUUUCGUAGAAAUUGAAUCGAAGGAUAAAGUUCAGUUGAGCAUGUCAACAGAUUCUGAUCUUGGAACCAUUUAUUCCAUCACGGUACCUGUAAGGAGAGUGAAAGCAGAAUAUCAAGAAGCCGACGAGAGUGGAACAAUAACAAACAUAGAAUACAAAGAUAAGGGAGAGACAUCUGGUUCUGUCGACGUGAGGUUCGACUUCUUCAUCCCAGAGUGAAAACAUUUCAUGCUUUCCUACCUCUGCAAAAAUUGCUGGAACUGGAAGUUGAUGAAUAAUAUGUAUUUGAAGAGUGGAAGUAACCCCAAGGCUUUGUUCUUCUGUAUAUAAAUUGCAUUGAUUUCUGUCAGGUGAUGAGGAUUGUGCUUCAUUUGAAAUUGUAGCUGGAUUUAGUCUUAUUUUGUUGUGGUUAUCCUCAUCUGUUUUUCCUACGUUCUAUGCUUCUUCUGUGUUAAUUUUUCAUCACGUUUGAACCAUUUUAAUAUAAGCCUACAUAAAGACUCUGGUAGAGAUCCAUAUUUUA